UUGGACGACAGUCUUUGUCAAUUUCAUUCCAAGCGCCCUUCCAACUCGAAUUCAUGUUAGUUAUUAAACAAUUUCAUCCGCGCGAGGACGUGUUUCCACGAGAAUGGUGUAUUUUAAAAUGUAAACAAGUGUCGUGUAAGUGAAAAGACGCCGAUAUGUCGGGAAUAACGAUUUUUAAUUGCGUCAAAGUGUGUGCAGUUCUGAUUUUCGCGACGAAAUGUGUCGUUUCACAUACAUUUACGAGCGAAUUGACAAGCGAUCAUAGUCAUGUGCACUGCACUCACGAACACCCGAAAGCAGAUCAAGUGAUCCGCGGGGUGCAUUUGGAGCCGGCUCACAUCCUCAAACGCCGGAGUAUAGACCAGCCACUUAGGAUAAGCAUAUUCUACGACCACUCUGUAUAUAGAUUAGAUCCAGAUAAAUUUUUCAUGAUAAAUAAUACAAUUCUUCCGGAGGCUGUGAAGUUUUGGGAGGAAGCUUUAAAAGUGAGGAAGACUGGAGGACCAAUAAGACUUAAUAGGAAAUGUCCGACGCGGCAGGUGUUCAUCCGCGGGGGGCGGUCGCACUGCAUCGACAGCUGCAGCCCCGACACCAUGUGCGGGGAGGUCCGCGUACCGGAGAGACAUCUCAAUCCGUGCUACGUGUGCAACAGCACGGGACACAACUGCCAGGAGCUGCCGCGGCCGAAGCCGGAGGACGAGGACGCCGCCACCGAGAUCUCAGACAACGCGCUCCACGACGCCACCGACACGCCCGUGCCAGAAGAAGUGGAUGCAUACGGCGUGGAGGACACGGACUUCGUGUUGUACGUGAGCGCGGUGGAGACGGAGCGGUGUCGCCGCGGCCUCACCGUCGCGUACGCCAGCCAUUGCCAGCAGGAGGCCGCGUUGGACAGGCCGGUGGCCGGUCACGCCAACUUCUGCCCCGGCGAGCUGUCGACGCGAUCGCGAGACCUGCCCUCCGUGCUGUCCACCGUCAAGCACGAGAUGCUGCAUGCGCUCGGCUUCAGCGUCUCACUGUUCGGCUUCUACAGGGACGAGAAUGGCGAGCCGCUGACGGAGCGACGGCCCGACACCGGCAACCCGCCGCUUGACGAAGAGCUGCAGAUCCACAAGUGGUCGUCUCGCGUGGUGCGCAACGUGACGCGGCGCGACUGGAUGAUCCGCGGCGGCGUCACGCAGCGCACCUUCCACAUGAUCGUGACGCCGCGCGUCGUCAAGGAGGUCCGCGAGCACUUCAACUGCAGCUCCCUCGAGGGCGCCGAGCUGGAGGACCAGGGCGGGGACGGCACCGCCUUCACGCACUGGGAGAAGAGACUCUUCGAGAACGAGGCCAUGACGGGCACGCACACCCAGAACUCCGUGUUCAGCCGGAUAACCCUCGCCAUGAUGGAGGACACGGGCUGGUACCGCGCCGACUACUCGCAAGCCGCACCGCUCGCCUGGGGCAAAGGCCUGGGCUGCGGCUUCGCCAUGGGCUCCUGCAAGCAGUGGCUCAACACGCAAAGGUUCAGACGCAAGAACCCGGCGCCGUUCUGCGAGCGGGUGAAGGGCGAGCCGCUGCGCACGGAGUGCUCGGCGCGCCGCGACGCCGUGGUGCUGUGCAACCUCGUGCGCCACGACAAAAUCCUGCCCAGGGCUUACCAGCAUUUCGACUCCCUGCCCAACGUGCCGACGUCGGAGCUGGCGUACUACGGCGGCUCGGUGUCUCUGGCGGACUACUGCCCCUACCUGCAGGAGUUCACGUGGAAACACAAGAGCGUGCUCGUCCGCGGCAGCAGGUGUUCCUACGAGGAGAACACGCCCAAGCUGGAGGUGAACUUCGCUCUGGAGAACUACGGCACGCACUCCAAAUGCUUCGACCACAGCGACCGUGUGUGGGAACAGAAGUCCUGCAGACAGAUAAGAGAGUGGCAACACUGGGGCUCCGGGUGCUACAAGUACAAAUGUGAAAGCGGACGACUGCACAUUGUUGUGGGCAACUACACGUACACGUGUUACUUUGCGGGCCAAGUGGUGCAGGUGCGCGUGCUGCAGGCGGGCUGGCUGCACCGCGGCGGCGUGGUCUGCCCGCCCUGCCGCGAGAUAUGCGCCCAGGAGUUUGCCUCUCGCAAUGAAUACUGCAAGAUCGGUGAAGAAGCGCCACCUCCUAACCUCUACCCGAAGGACAUGCUGGCGUGUCGCGCGCCAAAACUCGCGCCGGCCAUUUUGAGCGGCGCCGCCAUCUUGUUGACGCUACGUCACAUACUAUGAGACGUAUACGGACUACAUUUGUGACAAUUUUACGUGUACUUAUUAGUGUGCACUUGGCAAAAUUAUCUGCGUUUUUGUCGUAGUUACCGAUAAUAUGGCAAUAAGGGGUUUUCGAUAUUUCGUUGCUACGUAGGGCUACGGUCGUAGUAGUGGUAGUUUCGUCAUUCGUGUCAAUUGUCGCGUCAAAAAACUGUCAUAUGACAGUUUCCAGACCGAGAAGAGUCAGAUGAAAGACCCUACGGCUUCAUAGCUCCAUCUGGUGGCAAAUGAAGUAUCGAAAACCCUUAUUCGUAGCACUGUUCUGUCUGCUGGCGCGAAAGAUUUGUCGCAUGCGAGUAAUGUCGACUUGCAGAUAAUUUUGUCCUCUCUCUCGUCAUUAGCUUUUGUACGUUUAUUGUUACUUAAUUAGAUAUUAACGAUUUUAAAUUUUGAAUGAAUAACUGUUACCACCGCCUCUCUUACAAUGCGUUCUUUUAAAAAGGAUGUGUGAUACCGGGCACCUAAUGAAUAACCGCCAUUUUUUUCUGUUUCUUUUGUCUUUUUCAAUGAUUCCACCAAAACUUCAAAUAAUUCGAAGUCUUUUCUUUCUUUUGGAGAGAAUAUUGACUGUCUUAUUUCAUGCCAUAAUUCUAUUUAUUUUUUUAUAUCUUAUCUUAAUGACAAUUUAAGAAUUUU